AUGUUAACCACGCAAGAAGAAGGAGAUCAUGAGCAAAAGCUGCGCAAAAGAAAUAGAGUUUCACUUCUGUGCGACCAAUGUAGAAGACGUAAAGUUAAGUGCGACAGAAAUUUACCUUGUCUGACUUGUGUGAAGCACAAAUGCUCUGUCAGCUGUUCAUAUUCGCUGGAUUCAAUUGCUGCUGUGGACCUGGGCAUGGCUGGAAAUCUUUCAAUCUUUCGAACGUUCAAACCCACCACCUCAGUAGCCUCUCUGGCCCAAGCUCCCCCUGAGCCAUCGCCACAAGACCAAUCAAGCAAUGACAAUCACAUACCCAAGCAGACAAUUACCGGAGGUCAUCUAGUGUCGACCGAUCAUACGCCAAUGCCAAAGAUAGAGGUCUUUUCUGAGAUUUCUGCUCUCAAGGCGAAGCUUCAGCAACUUGAGAGCUAUAUUGCGCCGCUUGCGUCUCAGCCUAUGCCAGGGCAGCCUUUGCCGACAACACAGCCUGCAACUCCCCAACAAAUAGGACAAAAUGACAUGUUAAAUUCUCAUCCAGAGGGACAGAAUUUGCUACCACAACAGCCCCAUGUUUACUUCCAACCAGUCCAGCACCCAGAUCAACAGGCCAUCAUGUACCAACAGCAUCAGCCUUUGAGACCUCAAUUCCAUCAACAUCCGCUUCCUCAGCAGCUUCAUCCACCUAUUCAUCUACAACAGCAUCCCUCUUUAAUUCAAGUUCCUAAUUUUGCCGUUCCUCAACCUCACUAUCAACAACCUUAUCCACGAGACGCCAGUUCUCUGCCGUCAAUCAGAGAUUUGCCUCAGCAUCAUCUACCAACUCCACUUUCGGAAUCUAAUAUACUGCAAAAUACUCUGUCUCCUAGACUGCUAUCGAAUUCGUCAAGUUUGACGAAUCUGUAUCAGGAUUCCUUGCUCCGACCGAGGCCACAACUUACCCCUUCUACUCGCUUGCCAUCACGACCGGACAUUCCUAAGAACGAGAUAGGAUAUCAAAAUGUGCAAAGAUCUGAGGACUCACAAAACAGGUUACCAUCAAAUGAGUCACAUGAUACUUUCUUGGGUGUCAAUAUCUACAAUGUCAACGAACCGGACGAACUCUUAGACAUUUACAGCGGUUACAAUUCCAUUUUCGAGGGACAUCAGGAUCAUGAAAUGAAUUAUGGCCCCUUUGUAUGGCUAUCGUUUAUUAGAAAAGAUCGGUUUUGCAAUUUAAUCUGGAAUUUCAUCGCUGCGAAUGGUAAGAAAACAGGUGAGCCUCAAAUGAUACCGAAAAAGCAUCCCUCAGGAGAUACGGCUCAUCACGAGCAACAGUUUCAGCAGAACUCGUUGAAACGUGAAGAAAUAAGUCCGUUCAAUUUAACCGAAAUAAAGGUGCAAUUAAAUAAAGAGGCUUUGUCUCUUGGUCUUACUGUUUAUGAGGGAGUCGUCGAUCCCAAACUGAACUUACGAGAGAGAAUUCGUCUUAGCCUCCCGUCACAACGAAGCAUUUGGAUACUCAUCAAUAGGUUCUUCAGAAGAGUUUAUCCAUUCAUGCCUCUUUUGGACGAGACUUAUUUCAGAAAACAGAUCAGUCGAAUCUUAGGUCCUGAAAAAUACACCGAUGCAAAAUAUGAAGAGAUUAAGACUCAGUCUAAAAAUGAUUUUGCGACUCUCGGAAUACUAUUAAUUGUUUUAAGAUUGGCCUAUUUAUCUUCGUUCUCAAACAGAAGCACUGUCAAUGAGCGGAUCUUGGCCUCGGCUCCUGACCCGGACCUCGCAGAAAUGAGAUAUAUCCUUUCAAACCCGAUCAACAUCGAUGUUAUAAGUGUGGCGCGUCUUUGCUUGCAAGAAUUUGACCUAUACAAGAAAAAUGCACUAGUGGUUCUCCAAUGUGUUGUAUUCUUGAGAAUCUAUGGUGCUCUAGCUCCUGAAGACGGCGAUGGAACUGAUGGUAAUGACGGCCACGUUUUGAAUUCUGUUUGCAUCCAAAUUUCGUAUUGUAUGGGUCUUAAUCGGGAACCUACGAACUACACAGAUGACCUUGAAAAAGAAAGGGCCAAUAACAUAAAAAGAAAAAUCUGGCUUCACUUAAGAAUGUUGGACUUGCAUCUGAGUUUCGAGUUUGGAUUUCCGCCUGUCAUUCAUGAUGGGUACAAUGACAUUCAAAGACCCUUUUUAGGGCAACAGAAUUCUAACACAUUUGACAUCAAUAUGGAGCGGGCUCUUUGCGAUUUCAUUGUGACUGUAGAUGAUGUCGUGAGUCACUUCCGUUCAGUUGUUAGCAAAUGCUUGCAGAUCAACAACAAGCUAAAAAUGAGUGAAGCUACUGAAUUUGCCUCUCAGCUUGAAAGAAAAAUGAGAUGUUGUUUUGGUAGCCUUUCUGAUUAUACCAGACCUAUUGAAAACCGAGAUGAAUUUGCUUUUAUCCGGGUUUGGAAGUGCAAAUUCUAUUUGUGUAUUAGAAUUUUCACAUCGUCAUUGUAUUAUCACUUUUUCCUCAAUUAUGAGAAGGCCGGCUUGACAGAUUUGUGUUUUUUCUACGCACGCAAAAUCAUGUCUAUUUUCUCUUGUGAAAUUCUUCCUGAGCUUUUGUUCUUGAUUCUGCACAAUGACAAAAACUUUGACAACACAUCUACGGUUUCUGACAUGAUCUUAAAUCCUGUGAUUGAGUUCGCAGUGCACAAGGGUAACCAGUUCAACUUUGGCUUGUGGGUUAGAAUCAAUGAGGCAAUAAAUCUUUUGAAGAGUGAUAGAGGAAUGCACAAUGAGAACAUGGCUCAUAAUCCAACGUACAAUCUUAAAUUCGGUCGACUUUGCACUAUGGCCAAGUUGUUGGACAAGCUUUGCAGAUUUAGCACGAAAUGCAUUUCUCGUUUGGGUCAAAGAUAUUACUAUGCUUGGAGGGUCUCGAAAGCACAUCUUUAUUUGUGCAACGUUGUUUCUUCGGAGUCAUUUCAAAACUAUGCUAGAGAAGCUGACCACAAAUUCGUAGAUUUCAAUUCGAAUCAGCUUGGGGAACUCAUAGAAAUGGCCGAGAAAGCCAUACAAAAAAUGAAGCUCGCAGUUCAGCAAGAUCACAGAUACAGCAAAUCCGAGUCAGAAUUAUUUGAGAAAAGCAAGGCGGCCCAAAGUGAGGUGAAAGAAGAGUUUCCGAUAGCUUCGGCACAUCCAGCCCACUCUUCUGUUCCCGAGGAUUAUGAGACUGCUUGGAGCGCAAGCACCGGUGUUUCUAAUCUGUCUUUGGACUUCGAUGAUUUGGGAUUUGUUAGCAAUGGCGCUAUUGAUGAUCUUUGGAAGAACCUCUCCAAUUUCACUGGCAUUGUUGAUCAACAUAUCCAGGUUGGACAACCUGACGAUUUCUACUGA